CUUUUUUCAAAUAUUUAUUCUUUUAUAAAAUAGUGUAGUGGAUUCAUAAAAUCUCCUAAUUUCCAUCCUUGUUAGAUUAAAGCAAACUAAAAUGUUUAUAACCGACAAAUUAGUGACCGACUUGAUCAUAGCGAUUGCAACCCUUGUAAUCGCUGCAUACUUUUAUAUCAAAUACAAGUACAGCUAUUGGACCAAAAAGGGUAUUCCCCAAAUUCCACCCAGUUUCCCAUUUGGUAAUUACCCGAAAGGUUUACCAAAAGGUAUAUCCUUGGGGUCGUAUUCUGAAACAUAUUAUGACGAAUUAAAAAAAGAAGGACACAAAUUAGGAGGUGUCUAUUUGGGUUUGGAUCCAUAUCUGGUUAUCACUGAUGUUACAUAUGCGAAACGUGUUUUGACUAAAGAUUUUUCAAGUUUCGUCGACCGUGGUCUCUUUUACAAUAAAAAAAGUCCCCUUAGUGUGAACAUAUUAACGCAAGGCGGAGAUGAGUGGAAAACCGCAAGGGCCAAAUUUACAAGUAUAUUCACAUCUGCCAAAAUGAAGUACUUUUUUUCUACCAUAAAAAAAUGCAGUGAUGAAUUAAGAACCAAUUUGGAAGUCAUUGCGAAAGAUGAUAAUGCAGAUGUUGAUAUUUACGAAAUUCUGGCUUGCUACUUUACGGAUGUGAUAGGAUCGGUCACUUAUGGUGUCGAGGCCAACAGUUUCAAAUCUCGAGACGCCAUUUUCAGGAAAUUAGGACGGGAUAUAUUUGAAUACUUUACGGUACCGUUCCAAAUUAAUUUAUUCUUAACCAUUUGUUACCCAAAAAUAGCCAAAAAUUUUAAUAUGGGUAGCUUCCAACCUCAGAUUGAAAAAUUCUUCAGAAAGUUUGUACCGGAAGCUCUCGAACACAGAAUCAAGAACAAUAUACACAGAGCGGAUUUCCUGCAGUUAUUGAUAGAAAUGAAAAAUUCUGGAAUUGACUUGACAGAAGAUGAAAUGGUUGCACAGUCGUUCAUGUUCUUUGCGGCUGGCUUUGAAACAUCAUCAACAGCUUCCAUGCUUAUGCUUUACGAGAUGAGUAAAAACCAGGAUAUUCAAAAAAGAGCCAGAAUCGAAAUUAAUGAUGUGUUUGCAAAAUAUGGAGACUUUACUUAUGAUGCCAUACAUGAAAUGCCAUAUCUCUCUCAAGUAUUUAAUGAAACCAUGAGGAAAUAUCCAGCACUAACGACACUCAAUAGGGUCUGUAUUAAAGACUACCAAUUUCCCGAUACUAACGUAGUAAUUGAAAAAGGAACUGGCAUCAUUUUACCGGUUCUAGGAUAUCAUUUGGACCCAAACAUAUUCCCAGAUCCACAUAGAUUUGAUCCUGAUAGAUUUGAAGACAAAAAUGUUAAAUAUGAAGGAUAUUUUCCAUUUGGAGAUGGACCCAGAAACUGUAUAGGAGCAAGGUUAGGAAUUUUGCAGGUGAAGUUAGGUGUGGCGGAAAUAAUUAGGAAUUAUGAGGUCUCUCUUAGUCCAAAAGUUGCAGAACCAUUGGAGUAUGAUCGAUUUACUUUUGCUACAAAGUUCACGGAAAUAAUCUUACUACGAUUAAAGAAAAUCAAUUAUUAGUGUUUAUUUCAAGUAAUUGGA